UUGCGCCAACAUCUCCUCGUCAAUGCCCCCCCAAAGCCCACCAUGACCGCCCGCGACGAAGACGAACCCUCCUACAUCGACUACGAGGCCUUCCUCUCCCCGGACUUCAACCCCCCGACCUUCGCAAACACCCUCGUCCUCGCCACGAACAACCCCAACGACGUGCCCCUCGACCUCUCCACCCCCCUCUCCCGCGUCCUCUUCGACACCCAGGAGAUCGACUCCCACAUCGACCUGCUCACCACCAAGUCCGCCGCGCCCCUGCUGCAGUACACCGAACGCCAGAACGCCGCCUCGAAACGCAUCGUCGGCGAGCUCGACGCCCAGAUCAGGAGCCUCAACGACAGCUACCGCCAGCUCGAGAAGGAGGUCAUCGACAAGCACGCCGAGGCCGAGGAGGUGCGGCUGGUCGCGGCGAGGUUGUGGGAGACGCUCCGGCUCGGACGGUCCGUCGGACGGUGUCUCCAGCUCGGGAGGCAGCUCGAGGUCCAGCACGCCGAGAUCGCGGGCGCCGGGGGCGUGAGUGCCGCGGCUGCUGCUGCGGGGAAGAAGGAGGAUCAUAGGGCGCUCGUGCGGUGCUCGCAUACCAUUCUGAGUCUGCGCGAGGUGCUGGACCGCUCCGCGCCCGGGGAGGAGGGACACGGGCUCGGCAGGGUGGACGCGGUGCGCUCGUUGCGGGAGGGCGUGGUCGUGCCUGUUGAGAGGUCUGUGAGGGAGACGGCGGAGAAGAUUGUGCGGGACUUUGCGGUGCCCAACUCGGCCACCUUCGCGCAGGGCGAGGAGACCAAGGCGAGGACGGUCUCGGCCAUGGUCACGCUGUUCCUGCUCUCCCCGACACCGACGAAGAACGAGAGGUGGACGCCGACGCUGCUGCUGCAGGCCCUGGAGACGUAUCUACGCUCAGCGCUGCAAUCGUCCCUGGCGGCGCUGUCGCGGGCUCUGGGCCAGCUGCCGAGUCUGGAGCGGACGCUGGGGGAGAUAUCGGCGCGGUGCCAGAACAUCGUCGCUUUGGAGCUCGUGCUGGAGUCGACCAAGAUCCCGCCGCAUCCCUUGGUGACGGGGGCCCCGCAGAAACAGACGAACAUGCUGCAGCCGCUGCUCGCGCACCUCGAGACGGGGAGCCUGGCGAGUUACUUCUGGAGGACGAUGGCGGGCGGGCUGGGCACGCGGGUGCAGGAGAUUGUGAACCGCGGAGGGGUCUCGGCGAGGACUUUGAGGACGAACCGGGCGAGUGUGGGAGAUGCGGUGAGGGAGUGCGUGGUGAGGGGGUGUCAGAUGCCGAGCGCGAUGAAGGGGAAGGGCAGGGCGGAGGGGAGCUGGGACAGGGAGGUUGCUGUCAUGGUUGGGAGUGUUGUGAAUAAUCUCGGGAGGUGA